AUGGAGUUAAAUCUCUAUCGUGUGAAUUUUAUUGGCAAGAUACCUGAAUCAUUUAGUCAUCUAACUUCACUACGUAGAUUGACAAUAGCUUCUUGUAAUCUCUCAGGCUCUAUUCCUAAACCUCUAUGGAAUCUCACCAGCAUUGAGAAGUUGGACCUUGGUUAUAACCAUCUUGGAAAAAACAACUUUGAUAGCCAGCUUGAGUUUUUAUCCUUUAACAGAAGCUGGGCGCAACUUAAAUUGCUAGAUUUUUCAUCCAAUUCCCUAACAGGUCCAAUUCCUCUAAUAUUUGAACGUCAUAUCCCAAGCAUUAUUGGAGAUCUCGUUGGGCUUCGUACGUUGAACUUAUCUCAUAAUCAUUUGGAAGGUCACAUACCAGCAUCGCUGCACCAAUUAUCUGUACUUGAAUCAUUGGAUCUCUCAUCAAACAAAAUCAGCAGAGAAAUUCUACAACAACUUGCAUCCCUCACAUUUCUUGUAGUCUUAAAUCUCUCUCACAAUCAUCUUGUUGGAUGCAUCCCCAAAGGAAAACAAUUUGAUACGUUUGAGAAUAGUUCAUACCAAGGAAAUGAUGGGUUACGUGGACUGCCACUCUCAAAAGAUUGUGGCGGUGAUGAAGGGGUACCACAAGCAACAACUACAUAUGGGCUAGAUCAAGAAGAAGAAGAUGGAGAUUCAACAAUUAUAAAUUGGCAGGCGGUUCUAAUGGGUUACGGUUCAAUUACUUCGAAUGUAAGUGGUAUGCAAAACCUACAUUCACUCUUCUUGUCAUCAAACCAUUUGAAUGGGACUAUACCAUCAUGGAUAUUCUCCCUCCCUUCACUAAGUUAUUUAGACUUGAGUGAUAACCAUUUCAGUGGAAACAUUGGGCUAGAUCAAGAAGAUGGGUUACGUGGAUUGCCACUCUCAAAAGAUUGUGGCGGUGAUGAAGGGGUACCACAAGCAACAACUACAUAUGGGCUAGAUCAAGAAGAAGAAGAAGGAGAUUCAACAAUUAUAAAUUGGAUUCAAGUCCACUGCAUUGUUGGGAUCAGAAUAGAAGCUUUUAAUUUCAUACAUAAAUGCUUGAGAGUUGCACAUAACGCCCAGAAUGAUUCUGUUACAACUCAAGCAAUAGUUGUGUUUGCUUAA